UAGUGUUGGUUUAGCGAUCUUUUGUUGGUACUGCAUCUAGGGAUUUUGUGUGCUUGGAGGUGAUCGCGAUCGAAGAGCAAUGGCUACGUCAGCGUGUUGGUUUGGUAGUUCCUGCACCAUGGUGAAAAGCCAAAUUGGACUGAGAAGUGGGCCGUUCCUAUAAAUGUUCGAGCCACUAAAAAGUCCCACUAGUUUCUGCAGUGGAAAGGCACCUUUAAUCAAACGGCUAUAUAUCUGAAUGUGGUGUUAGUGUUGUUUUAACAUAAAAAGUAAGAGUACCUCUACACGACCACGAUUGUUACUAGUUCUACUUUACUCCUUUCUUUCUACAGUUUCUGUUCAUAACAAUGUGACAUGACGGAUAACAGUAGCGGUGAGGUGUCAUGGCAGGAAGGGUUGGAGACAGGACUGUUACGGGACCGAAUCAGACUUGAUGAUAAACUUGAGGCUGAACAUCGCCUUUUAAAGCAGGAAGUGUCUGCUUGCUUUCUGGAUUUUAAAAGAGAAGUAAUGGACAGGGAACAAAGCAGAUCACCUCAAGAGUUUCAGCAAAUAAAACUGAAACCAGAUGAGAAGACAUGUGAAUGCACUGGAAAAGGUGUGCCCCUGGACAUGAUGUUAAAAAUGGUAACCAGCAAAGAUGAUGUUGCUGAAAGGAGAACAAGAAGAAAGACGGAACAGAGGGUGGAUUGGAUUAAAAUAAAAAAUAUGUUGUUGGACAGUUGGAAAGAGCAGAGAGAACGUGGGCUUCCAAAUGAAAAGAACAUCAUGCCAACCACGGAUAAGCCUAAAGUAGUGAAAGAGCCUCGAAGGAAAGACCUUCAAGCAAAGUUUUAUGAGGACAAGGAGGAUGACAGGAGAUGGCUGGAAACCUUUCAACUUUUGAAGGCUAUGGAAAUGAAAGAAUGGAUGACAGGAGAAUUGGACAGCAUAAAACAAGAACUGAGAAGAGAGAUGGAUGAGAGGGACAGAGCUAGACUGACAGAGGAGAAUCUUUACCUGAAAAAAUAUGUUCUUGCGACGCAGGAGAUUACAUUCCUGGAAAAACAAGUAAAGUUAUCUCAACAAGAGAUGGCUUUUUUCAAGACCACAAAUGAGGAAUUGAUUCAGAAGGUGAGAAAACUGGAGACAGAGAUUCUACUUAUGAAACAAGAGAGGGAAAAUUGGAGGGAAAUGGAGCUACUGGAGAGAGAGAUGAUGAAACCAAACAGAAUGGUGGAGAUGGAAAAGAUGAUUAAAAUGAUGGAAUAUUACAGGGAGAAAUAUGAAAAGGAGAGAUAUUUGGCUAAUGAUCUAAAACGAUUUGAGGAAUUGGCAAGCAAAACAGUAGAAGAGAGAAGACAGGACGCAGUGAGAGUUCAAAUGAAAGAGGAAAGAAGACGGGAGGAGGUCAACUUGGAAGGGAAACCUAGAAUGAAUGAUGACAGAAAAAGUGCUGGUGAGGACCAGAGGGACAUUAUUGUGGCCAAAUCUGUGGGUGACAUAGAAAAUGAAGACUGUCUAAACAUUAAUAUAAUCAAAAUGGAGGAGGAAGAAAGAGUCAGAUUUGAUGUAGAAAGACAGAGAAUGGUGGAGGAAGAAAUGAAAGGUGUGGAAGAGGAAAUAAGAGUAUUGGAAAAUAUGAGAAUUGAUAUGCAAAUAAAUAUGGAGGAAGAAAAAAGGUCGGAGAAUAGAAAAAUUAUCCAAAAAGAACAAAAAUGUGGGGAAGAGGAAAAUACAAUGGUCAUAGAAAAGGAACACUUCAUACACCAUAUGCAUACUGGGGGAGAUGAGAUUAAAGAGAUGAUCCAAAAAGAUUUGAAUGAAUACCGAGAGGACAUUCCUGUGAUCGAAUCUGAUUUAAGUGACCCAGAAACUGAGGAUGAUAUUUCUCUGAAGGACACCGAGACCAUCUCUGCAUACUCCCAAGACAUCGCUAUUCACAAGCCAACACUGGAGGAGAGGAAUGAGAUGGAGGAAGAGAAAAAUAAACUAGAGGAAGAGAGAAAAAAGAUGGAGGAGCAAGAAAGGAAAUGGGUAGAAGAAGAAAUAAGAAAGGGUGAGGUGAUCAGAAUGGAGGAGCAAAGGAAGACAGAGGGAGAAAAGAGAUUAGAGGAGAAUAGAAAAAAACUAGACAAAGAACAAAAAUGUUUGAGAGAGGAAGAGAAAAUUGCCAUUGGAAAGGAAGACCUGACACGCCAUCUGCAUAAACUCACCGAAGCAGUGGAGAAAGGGCCAUCUCCUGAUGAAGCUGCAAACUUAACAGACACAGGGGAAGUAAAGAUUGAAGAGAUUAUCCAAAGAGAUGUGACUCAGUACCAAGAGGACAUUCCUGUGAUCGAAUCUGAUUUAAGUGACCCAGAAACUGAGGAUGAUAUUUCUCUGAAGGACACUGAGACCAUCUCUGCAUACUCCCAAGACAUCGCUAUUCACAAGCCAACACUGGAGGAGAGGAAUGAGAUGGAGGAAGAGAAAAUUAGACUGGAGGAAGAGAGAAAAACGAUGGAGGAGCAAGAAAGGUCAUGGGUAGAAGAAGAAAUAAGAAAGGGUGAGGUGAUUAGAAUGGAGGAGCAAAGGAAGAGAGAGGAAGAGAAAAUAACGGUGAAUGAGAAGAGUAAGCAAGAUGUGAUGAGGUUGGAGAUGAACAGAGAGAAAAUGGAGGAAGAGAAAAAGAUGAUGGUUGCAAAAAGUGAGAGAGACAAUCUGUUAAGUCGAUUGGAGAAAGAGAGAAUGAGCGUCCUGAAAGAAAAGGAUAAAAUCAGAGCAGACACUAUAGAUGGGGAACCCUUUUAUUCUGAAGAGGAACACUCAAGUGGUGAGGACCUGCCAGCUUCUGAGAAGAUGGAGGAUUCAUGUAAGAUCCAGAAAGCUCAAGAGAUCCAGACUGAGGACAUUGACCACAACUCUGAGGACCGCAUUGUUGAAGAACUGAGCCAAGAAGAUCAGAGUGACAUUGACAUUGAGACGGUACAUUUAGUGGAGGUUGAAAGCAACAUCAGCAGCUUCACCAAUAUGAGGAAACCAGCGGCAAGCGCAGCAGUCCAUGAGGACCAGUCUUGGCAACAGUCAACUAAGCCGAAAGGCAUGGAUGAGGACAAUGAGGAUGAUGGUUUGAAGGCAGAAAUGUUGCGAAUGGAGGAAGAGAAAAAGAUGAUGGAUACAGAAAAAGAGAGAGACAUUUUGUUAAGGCGAAUGGAAGAGGCAAAAAUGAGAGCUGUUGAGGAAGAGGAAAAGAAACAAGCAAAGAGAGAAAUGCUGACAGACAUUUGGGCAGAGGCGAUGGAUGGGGAACCCUUCUAUUCAGAAGAGGAACACUCAGAUGGCAUUGACCUGCCAGCCUCUGAGAAGUUGGAGGAUUCAUGUAAGAUCCAGAAAGCUCAAGAGAUCCAGACUGAGGACAUUGACCACGAGUCUGAGGACAGCAUAGUUAAAGAACUGAGCCAAGAUGAUCAGAGUGACAUUGACAUUGAGACGGUACAUUUAGUGGAGGUUGAAAACAACAUCAGCAGCUUCACCAAUAUGAGGAAACCAGCGGCAAGCGCAGCAGUCCAUGAGGACCAGUCUGAGCAACAGUCAACUAAACCGAAAGGCAUGGAUGAGGACAAUGAGAAUGAUAGUUUGAAGGCAGAAAUGUUACGAACGGAGAAAGAGAAAAAGAGGAUGGAUGCAGAAAAAGAGAGAGACAUUCUGUUAAGGCGAAUGGAGGAGGCAAAAAUGAGAGCUGUUGAGGAAGAGGAAAAGAAACAAGCAAAGAGAGAAAUGCUGACAGACAUUUGGGCAGAGGCGAUGGAUGGGGAACCGUUCUAUUCAGAAGAGGAACACUCAGAUGGCAUUGACCUGCCAGCCUCUGAGAAGUUGGAGGAUUCAUGGAAGAUCCAGAAAGCUCAAGAGAACCAGACUGAGGACAUUGACCACGAGUCUGAGGACAGCAUAGUUAAAGAACUGAGCCAAGAUGAUCAGAGUGACAUUGACAUUGAGACGGUACAUUUAGUGGAGGUUGAAAGCAACAUCAGCAGCUUCACCAAUAUGAGGAAACCAGCGGCAAGCGCAGCAGUCCAUGAGGACCAGUCUGAGCAACAGUCAACUAAACCGAAAGGCAUGGAUGAGGACAAUGAGGAUGAUGGUUUGAAAGCAGAAAUGUUGCGAAUGGAGGAAGAGAAAAAGAAGAUGGAUGCAGAAAAAGAGAGAGCCAUUCUGUUAAGGCGAAUGGAAGAGGAGAAGAAACAAGCAAAGAGAGAAAUGCUGACAGACAUUUGGGCAGAGGCGAUGGAUGGGGAACCCUUCUAUUCAGAAGAGGAACACUCAGAUGGCAUUGACCUGCCAGCCUCUGAGAAGUUGGAGGAUUCAUGUAAGAUCCAGAAAGCUCAAGAGAUACAGACUGAGGACAUUGACCACAACUCUGAGGACAGCAUUGUUGAAGAACUGAGCCAAGAUGAUCAGAGUGACAUUGACAUUGAGACGGUACAUUUAGUGGAAGUUGAAAGCAACAUCAGCAGCUUCACCAAUAUGAGGAAACCAGCGGCAAGCGCAGCAGUCCAUGAGGACCAGUCUGAGCAACAGUCAACUAGGCCAAAAGAUGACCAGCAGAGUGAUGGUGGGAGGGCACAAAUGAUAAGGAAUGAGGAGCGAAGGAAAUUAGAUAUGGACAGAAAGAGUCUGGAGGAAGAGAGAAUGAUGGCUCUGAAAGAUGAAAUUUGGACAAAAACAGUGAAAGACAGUGAAAGACACCCCGGUGAGAAAGACUUGAGACGCCCAGAGGAAUGUGGGGAAAAAGGCAAGGUCAAGAUAGGCAAGGACAAGGAGGACAAAGAUCUCCUCUCUACUAUUGUGGGAAACAUGUCACCAAAGACUCUGUCUCCAGCACGAGGUAUCAUCGGUAGGCCUCUCGGAUCUCUGGAGCCACUUGGAGAAAGACCAACAGUUCCAUCAUACAUGGGCAUGGACCAGCAAAGUGAUGGUGCUAAGACCACAAAGAAACCUAAAAAGAAGGUAAAAGACCAAAGAAAAAGAAAAAAGGAGGAUAACAAAAGGCAGGAGCAAGAGGUAACAAGGUUGGAGGUAGACAAGAAGACAACAAAAGAAGACAAAAAGAUGAUGGAUGAACAGAAUAAGAGAGCCAGUCUCCUAAAAAGACUAGAGGAGGAGAGACUGAGGGCUUUGGAAGAAGAGUGGAAGAGGAGAGAAAUGGAGAAAAUGAGAACAAAUAGUUGCGAAGGAACACUAUUGGCAGGGCCUUCCUCUGACAAGGGUAACCUUAGUCCUGAGAGCACCUCAGAUUCCGUACACCACGUGAUGCCCCGAGAGACUUGGCCACCUGCUCAUGCAGAGCAGCUUGGACAGCAGUUAACACAACAUAAAGGGCUUCCCUCUCUCUCGGUGGAAAAUGUGAUGCCCCAAACCUUGCGCCCUUUACAAAGUACAUUCCAAGAUGCCACAAUUAAUAAUAGACCUCCUAGGAGGCUGCAGCCCCUUGGGAAAAGACCAGGGAUUCCCCAGAUUUGACUAUUUUCCGUAACAGUUGACAACCAUCUACAUAUAUUUGCAUUUUAAAAUCCUAAAAACAACAAACAAUAAAAAAGCAUG